UGGACGUCCGCGUGUCCACUCGAUAUAAACUCCUGCGACCCAAACUACCACGAGAGAGAGGCCGGAGACAGCGCGCAAGCGAGCGCACAGUGACAUCACAAAACUACAGAGCAGAGAGGUCUGCUCAGCUCAUCCCAGCCUCAGCGGGCAACUCCCACAGAAACACAGUCACCGCAGCAAGAAACGCGCUCCGCUUGCCAGGUCAAGAUGAUGCUCGCGUACAUGGAGCACGCCGCCGCGGCCACGGAGCCCGACCAGGCGCUCCAGCUGACCCUGGUGGCCGACGCGGCGGAGUGCGCGGCGGCGCGGGACUUCGGGGGCCUCGUGAGCGCGCGCCCGGCCGGCGUGGCGUUCCCGGCGAGCGCGGACGACGUGGCGAGCUUCGUCAGCAUGGCGGCGCUCACGGCGCACCUGACCGUGGCGGCGCGCGGCAACGGGCACUCGGUGGCCGGGCAGGCCAUGGCCGAGGGAGGGCUCGUGCUGGACAUGCGCGCCGUGGCCCGGGGCACGCAGAUGCAGCUCGUCGUCUCGGGCGCCGGCACCUUCGUGGACGUCCCCGGCGGCGCGCUCUGGGAGGAGGUGCUCCACUGGGCCGUGUCCAACCACGGGCUGGCGCCGGCCUCCUGGACCGACUACCUCCGGCUUACUGUCGGCGGGACGCUCUCCAACGGCGGGGUGAGCGGGCAGUCCCACCGCUACGGGCCCCAGGUGUCCAACGUGGCGGAGCUGGAGGUGGUGACCGGCGACGGCAAGCGCCACGUCUGCUCCCCUUCCUCCCAUUCCGACCUCUUCUUCGCCGUCCUCGGCGGCCUCGGCCAGUUCGGCGUCAUCACCCGCGCCCGCAUCCCCCUCUCCCCCGCCCCACAAACGGUGAAGUGGACGCGAGUGGUGUACGCGAGCUUCGCGGAGUACGCGGCGGACGCGGAGUGGCUGGUGACGCGGCCGGCGGAGUCGGCGCUGGAUUACGUGGAAGGGUUCGCGUUCGUGCGCAGCGACGACCCGGUCAACGGCUGGCCGUCGGUGCCCAUCCCGGGCGGCGCCCACUUCGAGCCGUCGCUGCUGCCCGCCGGCGCUGGGCCGGUGCUCUACUGCCUGGAGGUGGCCCUGUACCAGCACCGCCACCGGCAAGACGACGUGGACGAGAGGAUGGGGGCGAUGAUGCGGCAGCUCAAGUACGUGCGGGGCCUGGAGUUCGCGGCGGAGGUCGGGUACGUGGAGUUCCUGUCGCGGGUGAACCACGUGGAGGAGGAGGCCCGGCGGAACGGCAGCUGGGCGGCGCCGCACCCGUGGCUCAACCUCUUCAUCUCCUCCCGCGACAUCGCCCGCUUCGACGCCACCGUCAUCAAGGGCAUGCUCUCCGACGGCAUCGACGGGCCCAUGCUCGUCUACCCCAUGCUCAACAGCAAGUGGGACCCGAACACGUCGGUGGCGCUGCCGGAGGGCGAGAUCUUCUACCUGGUGGCGCUGCUCCGGUUCUGCAGGCCCUACCCGGGCGGGCCGGCGGUGGACGAGCUGGUGGCGCAGAACAGCAGCAUCAUCGAGGCAUGCCACGCCAACGGCUACGACUUCAAGAUGUACUUCCCGCACUACGACACCGAGUCCGACUGGGCGCGCCACUUCGGCGCCACCAAGUGGGCCCGCUUCGUGGACCGCAAGGCCCGCUACGACCCGCUGGCGAUCCUCGCCCCGGGCCAGAAGAUCUUCCCCAGGACCCCAUCCUCUGCCGCGGCAGCCCGCGUCAUCGUGUAAGGGAAGCAAGCAAGGAAUGAAUGCGCUAGCUCUUGGCCGUGGAGAAGAAUUAUAUAUAUGGCCCUCGGGCGACCAUCGAUCUGUGCAUGAUGGCGAUCAUGCUGCUGUUGGCGGUAAUGAUGACGAUCACGCUGCUGCUGAUUCUGGGCCGACGGGUGAUGAUGAUGAAGAUCUCCAUGGAACGAUGGGGCAGGGCAAGGGCAAGGCAAUGAUGAUUAAUGGGGUCAUUGUUAGGUAGUACAUUGUGUGUGUGGGGGGGGGGGGGGGGGGGGGGUGGGACAAGGACAAAGGGAUGGAUGUUGUCUAGGACUGCAGCAAGGGAGAGAGAUAGUAGACUCUGGUCGAUGCAACGACGGCGACACGCACCCUGUCGCUGGGUCUCUUCCCCGCUUAGAUUCUCCUACGAUUGCAGUUAACCGUCUGCAUUGCACUUGCACACCCAUGUAUGUACCCUUGGGCCUUGGCGUUUUAUUC